CUACAGUCUUGUAGAAAUAUGACCUCUUUCCCGGUAGGUGUUGCACUCGUAACUCUUCUCACUCUCUUGAUAUAAAUUCGUAGCAUGACCAACCACUUCACCAACACACCCGAAGCCCUGCUCGGCAGGAACGAUUCGAAGAACCCCGCAUCAACAUGUAAAGGCAUCACGGGCUCCGGGAGGCCGUGUCGGCGUGCAUUGGCUGCUGCAAAGACAUCUCCCCAUGGCAGUAGGAGGAGCUCGGCAGGCGGCGUGGUGGCAGUGGUGGAGGAAGACGGCGGCGGGGUGACGGAUGCAGAUUUCUACUGCUGGCAGCACAAAGAUCAGGCGCAGCAGAUCUUGCCACAGGACAGUCCGAGUACGCGAUCGAAGAAGAAGCGGACCACAGAACUGUACCCACUGCAGGAGAAGAGCAGCAUCGAUACACUCGUGCAGAAGCUCGGGAUCGAGGCUGUGCCGGAGAAUAUUCGACGGAAGGCGAAAUCGAAGCCGAAUGAUGGUGUGAGGCCGCCGAGAAGGACGGCUACCACGGACUUUGCAGAAUCACGACCUGGAGCAGUGGGACCCGCGAGUGAAAAGCCUGUGAAGCCCAGCUCGAGGCGGAAGAAACCUGGAUUCUGGACUUCGUUGUGCUCGUUAUGCUGUGUAUCGAGCGACAAUGACGAUUACGUUGAAAUUGUGCGGCACAAGCAGCGCGUGCAACAUGGUACCAAGCCACCUGCGGAAGUGUUCAAUACGUCUCAGCCUUCGAGAAGGUCCUCCUCGCAAUUGCCACCUCGUCGACCAGCAGGGUUAGGUAACACUACGUCAAAACAACGAACGUCUUCCAACCCCGAUACCGGCCGCCUGCUGUCGCUCAUACCUCAAACACUGCCGCCACAGACGACUUCCAGCGUACUCGCUGAACUUAUCAAGCCCAUCAGCGCGGCAGAUGAAGAUGGCUACAUCUAUAUUUUCUGGCUGACACCACAAUCGAAACCUCCGCCUUCACAAUCCACUUCCCGAUCUCUGCUAUCACCCAGCUCGGAUCGACCACAGAAUGGACGCCGUAUGAGCGAUAUCAUGACCGAGUUCUCCUUCGAUGGCACAGAAGAAGAAGAGACCAUCCGAGGGGCAGCGGCAAGGGGACGCGGCAAGAAAAAAACCAUUAUGCUCAAGAUCGGCCGAGCCAACAAUGUCACUCGCCGUAUGAAUGAGUGGCAGCGACAAUGUGGAUAUGCCCUGAAUCUGGUUCGAUGGUAUCCUUAUAUAUCCUCCACCCCGGCAACAUCUCCCGCGCAUUCGCCCCAUGCCAAGUCUUCCUCUUCUCCUCUUUCUGCUUCCGCUACUGGCUGUCCAGACUUGUCGUCUGCACGACCACCAAGCUCACGAGCUGAUAGUGGCGCGGUACGCAAAGUUCCCUUUGUGAAGCGCGUCGAACGAUUGAUACAUUUAGAGCUUGCAGAUCAGCAGGUCAAGAGGCAGUGUGAGACGUGUGGGAAAGAGCAUCGGGAGUGGUUCGAGGUGGAGGCUAGCGAGCAGGGGGUGAGGAAUGUCGAUGCGUGUGUCCGACGAUGGGUGGAGUGGGCGGAACGGGAGGCUGCCAAGUAGGCAAGGUAGAUGUUAGAUGUUAGAUGUCAGAUGUAGGUGAGAUGAUAGCCGAUACAGGUAUUGUUGUCAUGUACAUGUACUUGGCGGUUUGCUGUGACUAAGGUACAUGUAGGUAGGAGGUACAAAUAACUGAAUA